AAACGAGCAUAGAAAGAACACAAGUCACCACCUUAAAACUCUGCCUCUACACCUGCAAAAAGAGAACAAAGAAGCCAGGAGUAGGAAGAAGUGACCGCUUAUCUAAUCCCCUACAUAUUAAUGUUUAGGGUAAAAAAAUCCCCAUCAAAUUUGUUUUGUUUUAUUUUUUUACACUUUUAAAAAUAAAGGGUAGAUUUGUGGAGUGUAAAACGUAUUAUCUUGUCUACAGAUAUCAUAUAAAAUACUUUUUGCUACGUACUUUGACUUAACAAAAAGUGAAAAUGUCCAAGGAGUGAGAAUAGUUUAGUCACUUUUAUCAAAUUAGGUGUAUUUUACAAAUAGCAUUAUGCUUUCCGAGAAGAAGGAAUUGGGCUAGGUACGACAAAUGAUGGUUCCUCUACACCAGCGGUCCCCAACCUUUUUAGUCGCGGGAAGUAGUUCAUUAUUUCUUGCACAGCCCGGUAGGCCCGGUGGUUGGGGACCACUGCUCUACACCACAGGCAUAAUGUUGUCUUUCAAAACAAAAAUGCCCAGCAGUUUUACUCAAAGCAUGCCCGACGGCUCCUACAAAAAAAACAAAAACAAUCUGCCAUGUUGAAAAUGUCAUUUUCAGUAGGCAACAGUGGAAUUCAGCUUUCAAAUAAAAGAAAAUCAAGUUUGAGUUUGAAUUAAAACAACAAAUCCAAUUGUAAGGGUCCCUCUCUUUGUGUGUCCGCAUACUGAGCUGUCCUGUGAUUCACCUUGUGCCUUUGAAAUUAUUCACAAGGCAGUUACGCUCAGCUAUGCAUCCAUUAAGCACCAUCUGCAGUCGGCCGGGUUAAGAAUGAAGGGAGGGUAGAGAGGUGCGCGACAGCUGAUGGAGAGACGGGGAAAGAGAGAGAGUGGGGAAAUGGUUGAAUAACAGGUGACGGCGAAGGAGAAUAGAUGAGGGCAGCAGAUAAAGUGAGCACUAAAAGCAGUGGAUUGGAUGGAUGUUGAAAGCAGGACUCGCUGUGCAUGUAUUUUGCAUACCAUCUGUGUGAGGAAUCAGGGGUUUUGCUCAGUGUGUGUGUGUGUGUGUAGCUACAGGAGCCAGAGCAUGUGCUUGUGUCAGUGCAUCACUGCAGGUUCGAGCCUUUGUUGAAUUUUAUCCACAGAUGACCUGCUGAAACGGGCUCCCCCGUUCGCCGCCCUCUGCUGCUGCGUUGCCCCAGCAACAGACGAGUCAGGCCGGUUGUAAUUGGGGUCUGCCGUGUUCCCUGCUGCAACAAGAGGUCAUGUUGGAAGUCCAGUUCAUAUUCAUGACAAGCUGCCGAGCAGGGACUCCCCAAUAUAUGGACACCAUUAGUCCUGGACUGAUAGAAUAGACUUUCCAAAGGGACAAUCCAGCCCCGACUACAAGAUGUGCUGUCAUUUCCUCCAUCCCCCCUGGGGGCACCAAAAGCUUUAACUGCACAGGAAUGACGGGUCGGAUGUUGACCGUGAAGAUCAGCACCUCAUACGACUUUCUGACAAUGUGUGAGCUAGAAAUCUAUGGAGAACCUGCUGCUCCCUCGCCAUCCUUCAACGCAGUGGUGAUGGGACGGAGAGUAGCCGUAGUGCAGAAGAAGCUGUGCUGGUCGGACGCCUUGUUGUACUGCAGGGAACACUACUGGGACCUCCUCAGCGUUCGCAGUGAGCAGGAGCAGAGAGGGUUGGAGGAGGUGUUGAGAAACACAACCUUCCUGACAAACGACCCCUCCGUUUCUUCCGGACAUGUGUGGCUGGGACUGCGCAGGCGUCUGAUGGGGAGCUCGUGGUUUUGGAUGUCUGGUGCUUCUGUGAGCUACAUUUACUGGAAAGAACAACACAUCUGGCAGGUCACAAGUCCCUGCGGUGGCGUGGACGCCGGCGACUCGUUCUACUGGAGGAAUUUUCCGUGCGGCGAUCACCUCUAUUUUGUCUGCCUGAAAGAAUUUGAGGAAAAUGGGGAGCGUGUGGAAUUCUACAGUUUCACCAGACAGUAAACGUCCCCGGGAAGACAAACUCUGGUUUCACUCACUUCGCUCGGUCUGAGCUCUCUGUAGCAUGCGGUCUUUUCAGGACAGCAGACUUAGAAGUUUAGAAAUUAUACCACAAAACACAUUUCUCCUGCACGGUAAAUUGGAAUGCUUUGCUCUUUUUGGGUGUUAGAAGUGGCAGUACUGGGAUGUGCUGUGGUGGCGCAGGGGUUAAGCACAACCCACAUAAGGAGGCCUUA